UACAGAUGAGAUGAUAGAAGAAUGUUUGUCUCUAUUAACAUAAUACAGUCAAAGAUAAAUUAACCGACAGCUAUUUUCUUUCCAUUUUAGGAUUAUGUUUGUUUAUCGAAGAUGGUUAUCUACAUAAGAAGACGGGGUUAUGUAAGCAAUAAUAUGAAAACCGGAAUAGUGAGUCUAAUGUUGCUGGUUCCCAUCACAAUGCAAGAAUCCAGUUACAGCCAGGAGGAAUUAACAGAAAACAUACAUAUUUAUGAGGGAGCUGACUUUGAAGAGGUGACCAAAACGACGUUGUUUGUCGAUAAAUCACUUCUUAUUAAGAGAAUAUUUGACAAUGUAAAACACGGCUCAGGAAUAUUAAUACAAACACCCAGCAAGUUUGGAAAAUCUACCAACUUAAAUAUGGUCAAACGUUUCUUCGAAAUCAAUCUUGACGACAAGGGUAAUAUUAUAACGAGUGAAGAUACGAAAAACUACAAGGUAUUUAGAAAUAACUUUUUGAACAUUUACAAAAUGAGGCAGUUUUUCGACAGACACUUUGGCAAAUAUCCCGUCAUUUUUAUAGACUACAAACCACUCAACAAGGUCGUUACUGUGGAACAGAUGUUGGCAGUCUUCUUCAGGGAAGUGAUGUCAGAUACCUUUUCUCCACACAAGUACUUAUUGAACGAUCCUUACCUGUGGCAAGUUAAUAGAACUUUAAGUUGGAUAGACAGAGAUAAGUUUGAACGGUUCGUAAAUUCCGAACUGAAUAAGAAGUUGACGGAAACUGACAUAAGAACUGGAUUCAGUUUCCUGUGUAAACUUCUGCACAAGCGAUACGAGACGCGGGUGGUGGUAUUGGUCGAUAACUUCGACAGUUUCGUGGAUAGUCCCUUGUACGCACAGAACUCCGACAUAUUCCACCUGAUGAGUGCGGUGAACUGUGAUUUACUGCGAUGUGAGAGUGUAGGGCGAUCUGUGGUGACGGGGUUGAUACGGGGUUCAGGUCCGACGGUAGCAGUAGGGGAGCUCCUGCCCGCUAACAUCGGGGUGGCACGUCAGGUGAGGCCGUACUUUGGGUUGAGUGGUUCCGAACUGGGGGAGCUUUUGGUUCCGAUCAUCAGCGACCCUGAGGCAAGGGAGAAGGCCAUCGGUAGAAUAGUCCACAGUUACAGCGGUUACAGUGUAGCCACGUUCCAGGUAGGAGAGGACGGCAGUGGACAACUAUUGGACUCUCAGACCUGCAGCGUGUGGUCGGUCAUCAAGUACAUGGAGAAAGAACUGGCUGUAGAGAACUUUAGCUCUAUGGUAUGACGGUUAACGACCAAGUAUGGUACAUCGCAAGAAUGGUCUUGAACUACAGCGGAUACUUAGUUGCCACAUUUGAGUCAGGAAUGAACAGAAGAAGACAAGUAUUGGACAUUCAGACCUAUAAAUUUGGUUCGUUAUCAGGUAUUCAGGGGUUUAAGGUACUGAUAAUCAGAAGUUUGGAGAGGGCUGAGGAAGAACGAAUCAUGCCGUUACGUGUGACCAUGGGAAAUAUAAGUGACAAACAUCACAACUGUAGUAGAUUAUUAUAACGGUUGCAGUUUACCCAUGUUUAAAGUGGAAGAAGAAGAAAGAGAAUAGAUAUUUUGCAGUGCAGAAUAGACUAAAAUCUUAGGCCUGUAGCGUUGGUCGAUCAUCAUGGAGAGGACUGACGAUAAACAUAAUUCGCUAACAAUGAGACAGAGAAGUGACAGUCAUUAAGCUAGUAGUUCAUUGCUGCAAUGGGUACAAUGUUUUCACAUUCAAGAUGAAGAGAAGACUAUCGAUAAACAAGAUUUUGCGUUUAAUGUAUCAAGCACUAGCAAGACACCAACGGAGUUUCGUGUGUAUGUGUUCGAUAAUGUGGAAAUUUACCAUAUUCCAGAUUAAAGAUGUUGUAAGAGGAAAACUUCUAGACACUGAGCUGUAGUAUGGAAAUAAAACUGAAUCAGGACACCUAAUCUCAACUACUCAACCUAUGCUUCUAUUAAAAUUUUUUCUCACUCAAAGUGGGCCGUCCCCAGGGAGCGUAGCGGUCCACGUGUUAAAAUACUUUUUCAUGUGCUCUUACAACUUGUAAAGUGUUGUAGCUUUCUUUGAUACGGUUAAAAUAAUAUUAUGAUACCCCUAUAAUAAACAGAUAUUCUGUCUGUAUAAUGAUAGCUUGCAGGAUAAAUAAAUAUUAGUUUUAGUUUUAUAAAUUUUGUAUAUUAGUGUAUGUGCUACAACCACGCAUUGUAAUAUGAUUAUUACAUUAAGAACUUAACAGUGUUUAUUUUUAUUUAUAAGAUUAAGCUUCAACAAAAUAUUGUUAUGUCAUACAUAAUUGUAAAAAAGGUAUAAAUUCUAAUAAUUU